AGUCAGCCAGCACUGGGAUUGUGUUCCAGCGUGUACAAGAGAGCAAUGUCUUCAGAUGAGUGGCCAACAGCUGAGGACGAAGGCCAGUUGUCCCGACUCCUCAGGAAGUCGAGAGACUCCCCCUUCGUCCCCGUGGGCAUGGCAGGCUUUGUGGCUGUGCUGUCCUACGGUCUUUACAAGCUAAACUCCAGACGAGAUCAGAAGGUAUCCCUACAUCUCAUCCACGUGCGGGUUGCUGCCCAAGGGUGCGCGGUGGGGGCCGUGACUUUAGGUGUUCUUUACUCUAUGUAUAAGGAUUACAUCAGACCUCGGUUCUUCAAUGUCCCCCAAAAAUAAAGCCAGAAGCGGGAAGCAACGAAGACCAGCUCCUUCUCAGUGCUGAGUGUCAGAAAAAGGAAUUCGCACUGUGCUUCGAAUCACAUUACAAAGCAUAGCUCACAUAGAAGCUUCGUAGAAUCUGUGUCUUAUGUUGUUGAGAAGUUGCUUUCUAAAGCCACAGGCUGUUAGCUGAAAAUUACCCCUGCUGUCUUUUUCUGACUUAAUCUCCCCAGA